AAGAACGUGUUCGCCAUAAUGAUAAUAAACCGUGAACACAAAGCUACAUUUAAAGAAAUUAGGGACUGACUGAGAGGUCUUCCUUGAUUCGUGGAUAUUUAUCUAGCUGCAAGCAGGUUCUGGCUGACAUUCCUGGGCAGGGGUCUUGGUAGAGUUUGGAAAAACCGAGGGAAAACUGAGCCGAACAACGAGGCUGUGGCAUGGCGUCGGCAUCUGCCAGCGUGGAUUCAAAGGCAGAGCUGACUGCUCUACUGGAACAGUGGGAGAGAGAGCAGCAAGGUAACACGCAGGAGCUGGUCAACAUACUCACCAAAAUCUCUGAGCUGGUUGAGAAGGAGACGGAGGAGUACCACAAAGCGGAUCCAGAUCCUUUUGAUGACCGACAUCCUGGGAGAGCCGACCCAGAAUGCUUUUUGGGCCAUCUGCUCAAGAUCCUGUUCAAGAAUGAUGACUUCAUGAACACACUGGUGAAUAGCUAUGUGAUGACCAGCAGAGAGCUUUCCCUUAACACGGCAGCCUGUCGCCUGCUUCAGAACAUCAUGCCCGGGCUGGAGACCGCUGUGGUCUUUCAAGAAAAAGAGGGAAUAGUUGAGAGGCUGUUUAAAUGGGCUCAGGAGGCCGAGCAGCCACUUCGAAUCUAUGCCACGGGCUUGCUGGCCGGCGCCAUGGAGAACCAGGACAUCGCUGCCAACUACAGGGAAGAGAACUCAGUUUUGGUACCACUGAUGCUGCAGCGGCUGCGUGAGCUUCAGGAUAAGGAUGCUGAGAGCAAGCGGGAGUUCAAACGUCCCAGCCCCAGGAAGACCCUGGGUGAGCCUUUGCUUCCUCUGGAUGAGGAGGCUGUUGACGGAGGCUUUGAGGACAAUCCUUUCACACCGGGCAGAAAUGGGGCUGAAAGGGAGGCGAAGGGGGCGGAUGAGGAUAGGGAUGAAAUUUCAUUCUCCGCCAUGGAGCCUGGAAAUGAGCUUUCUUUCCGUCUCAACUCCCCUCACAAGACCAGCAGCCGUGCCAACUCGGCAGUCAAAACCAUGAUGAAGCCCAUGUCCGCCCUGGGCUCGCUGACACACCAAGACGUGAGCGAUGGCAGCAGCUACCUUAAGAGGAAGGUGGAGAGGGAGAUUGGCAAAAAGGCCAAACAGAAGCUGAAUUUCUCCUUGCCAGAGCCAGAGAGGAUCUUCAAUGAGCUUUCAAACAGCAGCUGGUCUGAGAUGAGCCCCUGGGUGAUUGGCAACAACUAUCACCUGUACCCUCUGACCCCAGAGAUAGAGCAGAGACUCAUCCUGCAGUAUCUCACGCCCCUCGGGGAGUAUCAGGAGCUCCUGGCAGUGUUCAUGCAGAUGGGAGCGCGUGAACUGCUCAUGCAUUACAUGGAUCUCAAACAGACAAAUGAUGUGCAGCUCACCUUUGAGGCUCUAAAGUACCUGGCGUCUCUGCUGCUGCAUAAGAAGUUCGCUGCAGAGUUUGUGGCACAUGGAGGGGUUCAGAAAUUGCUGGAAAUUCCCAGACCAUCAAUGGCGGCUACAGGGGUGUCCCUGUGUCUCUACUACUUGGCCUAUAACCAGGAUGCAAUGGAAAGGGUGUGUAUGUUGCCCCACUCGAUCCUGUCAGAUGUGGUUGGCUACACACUGUGGCUGCUUGAAUGCUCACACGCGUCAGGCUGCUGCCACGCCACCAUGUUCUUCUCCAUCUCCUUUUCUUUCCGCGCCGUCCUCGAGCUCUUCGACAGGCAGGAUGGGCUCCGACGCCUCGUCAAUCUGAUUAGCACGCUGGAGAUCCUGAACCCUGAAGAUCAGGGAGCGCUGCUGAGUGAUGAUGAGAUUUUUUCCAGCAGGCAGACGGCCAAGCAUACCUGCAUGGCUCUGCGCCGCUACUUCGAGGCCCAUCUGGCCAUCAAGGUAGAGCAGGUCAAGCAGUCCCUGCAGCGCACAGAGGGGGGCGCUCCCAUUCACUCCCAGCCCUAUUAUAAGGCGGUGAGCUACAGCCACGAGCAGGUGGUGGAAAUGAUGGAGUUUCUGAUCGAGUACGGUCCGCUCCGUCUGUACUGGGAGCCAGCGGAGGUCUUUCACAAGCUCUCCUGCGUCCAGCUCCUGCUGCAGCUCAUUUCCAUCGCCUGUGACUGGAGAACCUACUAUGGCAGGAGUGACACAGUGCGUUACGCCCUCGACAUCCUGAGUAUCCUCACAGUCGUUCCUAAGACCCAGCUGCUGCUGUCUGAGGCUGUCACUGUGCUUGACGAGGGGGGACCCACUGUCUCCACUGUUGGAAUGAGCAUAGUCCUGGCAGUGGCAGAGGGAGAGGUGUUUGUGAACGAUGCAGAGAUCCAAAAGUCGGCUCUGCAGGUGGUUAUCAACUGUGUCUGCGCUCCAGACAAACGUAUGUCCAGUAUUGGCAAGUUCAUUGCAGGCACAACCCGCCGCCGCCUGCCCCAGCAAACCAAAUCCAGUGAGAGUGUGCUUACCAAGAUGUGGAAUGUGGUCCAGUCCAACAAUGGCAUCAAGGUACUUUUAUCCCUGCUGACAGUGAAGAUGCCCAUCACAGAUGCAGAUCAGAUACGAGCUUUGGCCUGCAAGGCUCUAGUAGGUUUGUCUCGCUCCAGCUCUGUCAGACAGAUCAUCAGCAAGCUGCCUUUGUUCAGCAGUGGACACAUCCAGCAGCUCAUGAAGGAACCUGUGCUCCAGGACAAACGCAGCGAACAUGUCAAGUUCUGUAAGUUUGCAGCUGAGCUGAUAGAGAGGAUCUCUGGUAAGCCCCUGCUGAUCGGUACGGACGUGUCUCUGGCCUGGCUGCAGAGGGCCAAUGUGGUAGCUCAGUCCAGAAUCUCCUUCCCUGAGAAAGAGCUGCUGCUACUUAUUAGGAACCACCUUGUGGCCAAAGGCCUGCAUGACACGGCCAACACACUUACCAAGGAGGCAGACCUCCCCUUGGUAAUGCUUUCUCAUUCAUCCCAUUCAACUUCUGCUUUCCCCCCUGUCACUGUUCCUCCUCCCCCUUCCUCCCCUGUUACUACUCUCCCCCGCACCCCACGGCUGGCCAACGGUGUCGGGUCAAGACUGGGAAGCCACAGUUCUCAUUCGUCCACCCCAAUGUCAAAUCUUCCACAGCCCCGUCCCUCCACAUCACAGCCCAUUGUCUCUGCCUCUCCUGCUUUUCCCUCCACGUCCGUGCCUCAUUAUAGCAACGGCUCUCCACUGAUUGGCCGAAUCGUGUUCUCUCGUGAACGACCGCUGGGGUGCGGCACAAUGAGCUGUAAGAAACCGCGGGUGCUGAGGCAGAAGUCUGACCAUGGGGCCUUCAGCCAGAGUCCAGCCAUGAAGAAGCAGCUGGACAGGCACCUGCCCUCCCCCCCUGCGUUGGACAGCAUUAUCACAGAGUACCUGAGGGAACAGCACGCACGCUGCAAAAACCCUGUGGCCACCUGCCCCCCUUUCUCUCUCUUCACCCCUCAUCAAUGCCCAGAGCCCAAACAGAGACGCCAGGCACCCAUCAACUUCACUUCCCGACACACACGAAGGGUCAUAUAUCCUAAAUAUGGAGGAGUGGAUGGAGGAUGUUUCGACAGACACCUCAUCUUCAGCAGGUUCCGUCCCAUCUCUGUGUUCAGGGAGGCAGAUGAGGACGAGAGUGGAUUCAUGUGUUGUGCCUUCUCAGCUCGCGAGCGGUUCCUGAUGCUCGGGACAUGCACAGGGCAGCUCAAACUGUACAAUGUGUUUACAGGCCAGGAGGAGGCCAGCUACAGCUGCCACAGCUCAGCCAUCACUCACCUGGAGCCUUCACGGGAUGGCUCUCUGCUUUUGACAUCAGCAUCAUGGAGUUACCCUCUGUCUGCACUAUGGGGCAUGAAAUCAGUGUUCCUUAUGAAGCAUUCCUUUUUAGGCGACCAUUAUGUGGAGUUCAGUAAGCUGUCACAAGACCGUGUCAUUGGGACCAAGGAGCACAUCGCACACAUCUAUGACAUCCAGACAGGGCAGAAGACUCUGACCCUGAACAACCCAGACCUGGCCAACAACUACAAGAGGAACUGUGCCACCUUCAACCCAACAGAUGACCUGGUACUGAACGAUGGCGUGCUUUGGGAUGUGCGCACGGCUCAGGCCAUCCACAAGUUCGACAAGUUCAACAUGAACAUCAGUGGAGUGUUCCACCCCAACGGCCUGGAGGUCAUCAUAAAUACAGAAAUCUGGGAUCUGCGGACCUUCCACCUCCUUCACACAGUUCCAGCUCUGGACCAGUGCAGAAUAGUCUUCAACAAUAACGGCACUGUCAUCUAUGGAGCGAUGUUGCAGGCCGAUGAUGAGGAUGACAUGAUGGAAAUGCAGAUGAAAACCCCCUUUGGUUCCUCAUUCAGGACCUUCAAUGCCACAGACUAUAAACCAAUUGCCACAAUUGAUGUCAAGAGGAAUAUAUUUGACCUGUGCACAGAUACGAAGGAUUGCUAUCUGGCUGUAAUUGAGAACCAAGACUCUGUCAACACUGACACAGUGUGCAGGCUGUACGAGGUUGGACGACAGAGACUGGCAGAGGAAGAGGAGGAGGAUGAGGAGGAUCAGGAGGAUGAUGAUCAGGAGGAAGAUGACGAUGAUGACGAUGACUCUGAUGAUGACGUCGAUACGGAUCCCCUGAUCGCCGAGCUGGAGAACGAGAACGGCGGAGAGGAUGAGGAUGACGAGGAAGAGGAGGACGGGAAUGAUGACUUUUCGCCCUCGGAUGAUGAAGAGGUAGCCCGUCUUCUGGAGGAGGACGGUGAUGUUGAAGACGAUGACGACGACGAUGAGGACGAUGAUGACGAUGAAGACUCUGAUAACGAGGAUGUUGAUCUGGGUGGCGAUAACGACAGCUCCGACAACUCCGACCUUGAGGAUGACAUCAUCUUAUCCCUGAAUGAGUGAGGAGCCAUCGGCAUCUGGGACCGAAAGACUUGGACAACACGUCGAGACUUCUGUGGGGGAGAGCUCAUAAACAUUUGAGUUGCAGAACAGGAGGCAAGAAAGGAGGACUCCAUCAAAAGAUAAGGUUGGAGAUGACUUUGAGCACUGCCAGUUUAAAAACCGCAGAUGUCUGCGCAGCCUCGGGACUCGGAGCGACAGGACCAGGUAAAAAGAAUCUCAGUGAGAUCAAGGAGGAGAAAAAACGCACAGAAAUGGACUUUUUCUGAUGGGCAAAAGAUUGUAUAUGAUAUAGUUUUAUAAAAAAAAAAAAAAAAGUGGGCUUGUUGAGUGAAAUGGUCUGUGUGGUACAAAAGUGAAAAAUUUUAUAUUUUAUCAGAUCACAUAGCUCCUUAAAGUGAGCAUUUCCAUUUGAUAUGGACUCUCACCCAUUUUAUAAAGCUCUGUUUGGCUACAUAUUUGUCUACUUGGGGAAUAAAAUACACAUCGUCGGCCUGGGUGGUUCUGUAUUACUGUGGCAAAGUAUACAAUGCUUUCUUCAGCGUGUUCCUUGCUGGCCCACCUGGCAUAAUGGCCAGACAAUUACCAAUAUGUUAUAUUGGGCAGCUACAAUAGCACACAAUCCCAUGUUGCAGAUCGUUUUCCAGCCAUAAGUCCCACACCUUAAGCUUCAUUGUCACUGUCGCCACAGAAUCGAUGACCAAAAUGCCACAGGCAGUGCCAUCACUGACGACUGCCUCUUGAUUUCAUGGUGUAAAUAGAGAAAUAAACAUGGUGCUCUUGAAAGGCUGAAGGGAAAGUAUCUUUUUUUGACACCGAAACAACUGUAGAAGUAUUGACUGAACAGACACAUGUCGACACAUGACAUAAUGGCUCCUUAUCUGCUGCCUGCCAUUGUGUUGUUUCCCUACCCGUUUUAGGAGCCAUGCAAGAAUUUGGCAUCUGUUGAUAGAUACAGUCAGGGCUUCAACUUCUCGAUAAAGGUGAGGUCCUGUCACAUCAGUUCCUCUCUAUUUUAUGUUAAAAUAAUUUGGGGCUCAUUUCAAGGCUGAGAUGGUAUUUUAUCAAUACAGUAAACUUCUUCUCUCCUCUUGGCUCAGAAUGUAAUUGGUCUUAAAUCCUAGAGAGAGAGAGUUGAGGAACACGGGGGAGAAAAACAUCUGGCAGGUAAUGAUUAAAUAUUGUAUAAGAUGACUUUGAUGGAUUUGUUUUUCAGACUUUUUUUGUUUUUUCUUCUGAUGGAUUGACAGGUGGCUCAAAACUCUUGAUCUGUGAUGAGCAUCCUUCUAGCUGAACAGUGUAAAAAAAAAAUAAAAAAAAAAAAACACGCUUACCUACACACUUUUUGAAAACAGUGUGCAUUUCAUGAUUUUUCUCAUGUUUUUGCCUUUA